UGCCUAUCCACAAAUUGGGAAUUGAUGUUUUUUUUAGUCGCAAUACGAAAGGGAAACAACUUGGAAGUAUUCUAAAAUAUGUCGAAAUUGUGGAUUUUCUUGCUUCUUGCAUUGCUUUUAAGCAUGCUGGAGCUGUCGUCUGCACGUGGUGGAGGAGGUCAUGGUGGAGGAGGCCGCGGCGGAGGAGGUCGCGGAGGCGGCCGUGGUGGCGGUCGAGGAGGUUUCGGCAGACCUGGUGGCUUUGUUGGUGGAAGACCUGGCUUCGGUGGUGGACGACCUGGUGGCUUUGGCGGUAGAAGACCUGGCUUUGGAGGACCAACUAGAGGUGGCUACGGCCGACCAUUUGGCGGCUAUGGCGGCUAUGGCGGCUAUCGAGGAUAUAGACCCUAUGGCUAUGGUGGCAUAGGACUUGGCGUGCUGCCGCUGCCUGUGCCUGUACCUGUGUCCUAUCCAUGCCGUCGCCCAUAUCCCUAUGACUACUACUACGACGACUACUCUUAUUGCUAGAUGGAAAGAAACUUGUUGUUUUUGAUUAUGAAAGUUAUAUUAUACAAAUUAGAUUAACAUUUUCAGUUACAAGAUUAUGAUGUAAAUGUCCUAAGAAAUUGAGGCUGUAGACAGUUCUCUAAAUAUUUGAUAUUUUCAUAUUUAUAUAGAUUCAUUGAUUCAUAGAUUCCUUAUUGUUUUGAUGGUCUUCGGUGUUUGUUUGUUCGUUUCAUAUUCGUUUGCAUGGACCGGUCCCUAGUAUUCGAGCUUAAGUCUAAAUAAAAACCGAUUGCAAUUCAAUCCGCAAUGCAUGUAUAUAUAUAUAUAUAAAUGUAAUUAUGUAUAUAUUUAGUGAAUUAACCUUAUUUUUGUGUCUACGGACUAGAUAUGAGAUACGAGUACCAAUAAAUAAUGGCUGACUUGUGAUGCAUUCGUUGUGGAAAAGUAAAUAUAUCGUAAUUGUUAUAAUAAUAAGAUAUCAUACUUAAUGUAAAUAUGAAGUGCUUUGGAUAUCAUGCAAUAACUAGCAAAUAAAUUGGCAUACGUGAAAUCAACUGGAAACUUAGCAAGUUCUCGGAGGUGAAGCCGUCUAGGAAAUAUGCCAGAAGAUUUAUACAAAAA